CAUUCACAUCCUGCAUCCACAUUAAACCGGCAGUAAAGCUUCUCAAACUUGAGAGCUCUGCUCUUGGUGGGAAAAUUUUGCUGCCUAAUUUAAUCACCUUUAAUGGCGGCUUUCAGUUGGAUAGACGAGGAGGGUUAUGUUAGGACAAAUUAUUAAUUUCCCUUUCAAAGCUAGCGAUCAACAUGGAAGUACAAGUCAUUUCUAGAGAAUACAUCAAGCCAUCUUCACCACCACCAACUCACCUAAAAACCUUUAAGAUUUCUCUCUUGGACCAACUCACUCCUCCUGCAUAUGUUCCCACGGUAUUUUAUUAUCCCAUAAGUGAGGCCAAUUACAACAUUAAACAAAUAUUGUCUCGCUUAAAAACUUCGUUGUCUGAGACUUUAUCUCACUUCUAUCCACUCGCUGGACGACUUAAAGACCACAUGUCAUUUGAUUGUAAUUGUGAAGGAAUUCUAUUCAUAGAAACUCAAGUUAAUUGUCACAUGUCCGAGUUCCUUAAACAGCCUAAACUUGAGGUCCUACACCAAUUUGUUCCUUACCAAGACUUUGUCCCUGAGCCUGAAACUACCAUAGGUCAACUAGCCAUUCAAGUCAACGUAUUUGAUUUUGGGGGAAUUGCUCUUGGCCUAUCAAUGUCCCACAAGGUUCUAGAUGCAAAUUCGCAAGCAACUUUUCUCAAGUGUUGGGCUUCCUUAUUUAGUGGUCGUAAAGACAACGCAAUAUUUCCUGAUUUCUCCUCAGCAUCGUCACUUUUCCCUCCAAGAUCUGAACAAGUACCACGUAGCAUGACAUUCCUUAAAGAGAAGUGGUUGAAAGAAGGUAAAAACACCUUAAGGAGAUUUGUAUUUGAUUGCAAUGCCAUUAAAAACCUCAAGGUCAAGGCCACUAGCCAACUAGUUCCUUAUCCAAGUACCUCCCAAGUGGUAACGGGUUUGAUCUGGAAGUGUGUGAUGGUUGCUUCUACAGCGAUUAAAGGCUUCCAAACACCAUCCAUGUUGGUCUUGGCAGUAAACAUGCGGCCGCGAAUGGUACCACCACUGUUUGAAAAUUCUUUUGGGAAUAUCUUCUGGCAAACAAUUGCAUUUCACAAUGUAUCAAACAUUAAUGAAAUCGAGUUACAAGUUGUGGUGGGCCUUGUGAAUGAAGCAAUCAAAAAAGUAGAUGGUGAUUACAUUAAAAGCAUGCAAGGUGAUGAAGGCUUUCACAGGAUGUGCAAAUGGAUGGAAGAAAGAGAUGAAUUACAUGCCAAAGAAAAACCAGAGGUGAUUUUGUUUAGCGACUUGAGAAGUUUCAGAUUUUCAAAAUUGGACUUCGGAUGGGGAAAGCCUAUUUGGGUUAGCCAUGGUUGGGGACUUCCCCGUCCAGUGUUUUUGAAUGGGGUCUUUCUAGAAGAAAGCAAUGAUGGGGGAAUAGAAGCAUGGGUGCACUUGGAUGAACCUGAAAUGGCUAUUUUGGAACAUGAUGCUGAGCUCCUGAGCUACGCUUCUACAAAUCCAAGUUUUCCCAUAUCAUCCUCAUAGUUUGGUAGUUUUCGGGAUCAAAAUAGUAGCUUUUGUUAAAUGUCAUCUCUAAUUGAUGGACACCAAGUUGAUGAUGAGAUGAGUCAUCAUCUUUUAAGUUUUCUCCUCUAGUUAAAUGUGUGGCUAUUAUUUAGCCAAAUGUGUGGCUAUUAUUUAGCCAAAUAAGUGGUUGUAAUUGCUUGAGAACUAGUAUAAAUAGGUGUGUUUAGCUUGCUAGUUUUAUAUCAUUCAAAGAAGUGAGUGGAAACUCAUUAGUAGAGAGUUCCAAGUGUGAGUUAGAAAUGUUCUAGCAAUUGUUGUAAAGAAUCUCUUCUUCUUUGAGUGGUCAAUUAGAGUUGUGUACUCUUUUAUUUUCCAAUAGCUUUGUUACCGCUUGUUCAUAGUUUGGUAUUUUAUGGGUUACAAGAAAUGAGUCUCCAUCUUCGCUCCUUCGACUUUAUUUAUUUAUUUCUUCUGUAGCAAUGAUUAUUAUAAAUAUAUGGAUAAUAGUACGCUCCAUUCUGCUGCCCCGAACAAUGGAGCCCGUGAUGA